AUGCCCUUCACAGAUUCAUCCAAUUCAAAGAUUACUGUCGACAAUCCAGUUGUUGAGUUGGACGGAGAUGAAAUGACCAGAAUCAUAUGGUCAAGAAUAAAAGAGAGCCUGAUUUAUCCUUAUCUCAACAUAGACCUCAAAUACUAUGAUUUGGGAAUUGAGAACCGAGAUGCUACUGACGAUAAAGUCACGGUUGAUGCAGCCAACGCCAUUAAAAAAUAUAACGUUGGUAUUAAGUGUGCUACAAUUACUCCCGAUGAGGCUAGAGUUAAAGAAUUCAAUCUGAAGCGAAUGUGGAAGUCGCCUAAUGGCACGAUACGAAAUAUCUUGAACGGAGUUGUAUUUCGUGAACCAAUCCUGAUGAAGAGUGUUCCUCGGAUUGUACCUGGUUGGAAUAAGCCAAUCGUCGUUGGUAGACAUGCGCAUGCUGAUCAGUAUAAUGCCACGGAGAUGCUUAUUCCUGGUCCUGGUACCGUAAAACUGAGUUUUAUUCCCGAAGACGGUAAUUCAGAGACAUCGCUUGUUGUUCAUAAGUUCGACAGUCCCGGUGUGUCGCUAGCAAUGUAUAACAAAGACAAUUCUAUUAAGGGAUUCGCACACAGCAGUUUCCAAAUGGCGCUAAAAAAGGGAAUGCCGAUGUAUCUCAGUACAAAGAAUACGAUACUCAAGAAAUAUGAUGGUCGAUUUAAAGAUAUAUUCGAAGAGAUAUAUGAAUCUGAUUAUAAAUCAGAGUUUGAGAAGAAGGGAAUUUGGUAUGAACAUAGGUUAAUUGAUGACAUGGUGGCUCAGGCACUCAAAUCAGAGGGGGGAUUUUUAUGGGCUUGUAAAAACUAUGAUGGAGAUGUACAAUCUGACAUAAUAGCGCAAGGGUAUGGUUCGUUGGGUUUGAUGACAAGCGUAUUGCUAACGCCCGAUGGAAAGACAAUGGAAGCCGAAGCUGCACAUGGCACCGUCACAAGGCACUAUCGUGAACACCAGAAGGGAAGAGAAACGUCAACAAAUCCAAUUGCAUCUAUCUUUGCAUGGACACGUGGAUUAGCACAUAGAGCACAAUUAGAUAAUAACAAUAAAUUACUCAAGUUUUCACACGAUUUAGAGAAAGCUUGUAUAGACACUGUCGACGUCGAAGGCAAACUAACCAAGGAUCUUGCAUUGACAAUCCACGGAAAGAAUCUACGCAGGGAGCAUUAUGUUACAACCAACGAAUUCUUAGAUGGCGUUGCGCUUACAUUCAAGAGGAUAUACAAUGAAUGA